CUCGCCUCGCCAGUAGAGCGUACUAGUACUCUAUUUUGUUUCAACAUUCUCUUCAGAAUACUUUGCCUUUCUCCUUCCCGCAGUAGCUCGUACUCUCUCCCAACUCCCAAACUACACCUUCUCAUUAAAUCCCAUUUCCCCCCUUCUUCUUCUUCCUCUUCUCUCCCCCUCUCCAUCAAACUCAAACUCACACACCACAAUCCCUCAUUAUUAUCCCCCAAUCCAUCUCUCUUCUCCCCUUCAACAAUCUCCAACAAAGUAAGCGGAAGGUGAAAAGGGGGAGAAUAGAGUGCUGAGCAGCAGCUGCUGCUGCAUUAAUUUGUUGUACUACCUUCCUCAGUCUUCUGUUCAUUGAAGCCGAGGGGGAAACACAAAAGAAAUGCUCACCAACACCAACUCCAGCUCUAAUAACUCUCUUCUUCUUCUUCCUCACUCCCUCCUUCCGGUUUCUACUGUUCUUUCACUAAACCCUCUUUCCCCAUAAAUAAAUAAAAAAACAGAGCAUUGUUUUCUUUUCCAGCUUGUUACCCUCUUCCUUCCUUGAGAUUUGCGUUGCUGCCUGCCUUCAUUGUGGGUGUUUCUUUUCUACCCAGCCCGCCAUUUACCAUUCUGAGCAAAACCCAGAUAAUAUUAGGCCUUACUCUUCGAAAGUCCGCCUUUCAAUUUGCCGUCUAUUGCCCGCUCCAGUGAACUUUGCACUUUUCCUCUUUGAAGUGCUUAUAUAUGAAUUUCACGAGACAAUGAGAGAUGAGAACUCGAAGAAACCCAAGCUUUCAUGGCCCAAGACACUGGUCAAGAAGUGGUUCAAUAUCAAGAGCAAAGCUGAAGAAUUCCAGGCGGACGAUGAUAGUUGCCAUUAUGCAGCAGGUGGAAGAGAAAGAGAUACAGAAGGUGGUGAUGAAGAUUGGGGAAGCAACUUCAGAGAGAGGGAGGCAGCUAUAGCAGCAUGCACCAUCAAGAAAAGCAAAGCAGAGAGGUUGAGUAAGAAGGGCUCUGAUCGAAGAGUCAGGCGAAGUAGAAGUAAAAUUGACAUUGAUGCUGCUCAAGUCACAGAGGUUAACAAUUAUAGGGUUUUUGUUGCAACUUGGAAUGUUGCUGGGAAAUCUCCACCAAGCAACUUAAGCCUUGACGACUGGCUUCACACUUCACCUCCAGCUGAUAUUUACGUUCUUGGGUUCCAAGAAAUCGUACCUUUAAACGCCGGUAAUGUUCUGGGCACAGAGGACAAUGGCCCGGCGAGGAAAUGGCUGGCUCUCAUUCGGAAGACUCUCAACACCCUUCCCGGCGAUACCGCCGCCUGCCGCACUCCUUCCCCAAUUCCCGAUCCGCUCGUGGAAUCUGAUGCGGACUUCGAGGGGUCAACGACGAGACCGAAUGCGGCCUCGUCGUUUUUCCACCGCCGUUCUUUCCAGUCGUUGAGCCGGAGCAUGAGGAUGGACGGCGGCGGCGAAAUGACGGUGCCGCAGCCGAGGCUUGAUCGGCGGUUCAGUGUCUGCGACAGAGUGAUGUUUGGGCAGAGGAGGAGCGAUUAUUAUGACCCGAAUUUGAGAUGGGGUUCGUCGGACGAUGAGACGAACGGCGCAGGGGACUGUUCCCCUGUUACGGCUCAUUGUUCCCCUGUUGAUGAUUGCUACAGUGGGUUCUCUGAAGAUAGGGAAAGGGCAAAUUAUGGGCAGUCGUCGAGGUACUGUUUGGUUGCUAGCAAACAAAUGGUUGGGAUUUUCUUAACUGUUUGGGUGAGGAGCAAUCUUAGAGAUGAUGUUAAAAACAUGAAGGUGUCUUGUGUUGGGAGAGGAUUGAUGGGUUAUCUGGGCAACAAGGGCUCCAUUUCAAUUAGCAUGUCAUUGCACCAGACAAGCUUUUGCUUCAUCUGUAGCCAUCUAACUUCUGGGCACAAGGAGGGAGACGAGCUGAGGAGAAACUCAGAUGUUAUGGAGAUCCUUAGGAAAACCAGGUUUCCAAGAGUUCAAGGCAUGGGAGAUGACAACUCUCCUCAGACUAUCCUAGAUCAUGAUCGGAUCAUAUGGUUAGGGGAUUUGAAUUAUCGAAUUGCCUUGUCGUAUCGGUCGGUGAAGGCCCUAGUAGAGAUGCGCAACUGGAGGUUAUUGCUAGAAAAUGAUCAGCUUAGGAUGGAGCAAAGGCUAGGGAGAGUGUUUGAGGGAUGGCAUGAAGGGAGAAUAUACUUCCCUCCAACAUACAAAUACUCGAAUAACUCGGACAGAUAUGCUGGUGAUGACAGGCACCAGAAGGAGAAGCGAAGAACUCCUGCUUGGUGUGAUCGGAUUUUAUGGAACGGAAGAGGACUGAAUCAGUUAUCUUACGUUCGUGGUGAAUCAAAGUUCUCGGAUCACAGGCCGGUUUACAGCAUUUUUCUUGCCGAGGUGGAGUCGAUAAACCAUGGUAGAAUCAAGAAAAGUAUUAGUUGUUCAAGCUCCAGAAUUGAGGUAGAGGAGCUGCUGCCCCACUCACAUGGAUACUCAUACACUCAACUCAAUUACUUUUGAGAGAAGGGGGAUUUCCAUGGUCCAUCCAGAACGCUAAAUUUAUCAUGAGAACAAUUAAUGCCUGAUCAUCAAGGUUGUUGUUACUUGUUGCUGCAUCUGAUAAUGUUUGCUCUUGCCAUGGAAUGGUGAUGGAGCCUUUGGGAAAACCCGAAUCGGAAGAUUGCAAGUUUUUACUCCACAAAUUGGGUGGCUCCACAAGACAGAGCAGCUGCCGGAUUUCCCGUUUGUAGCAAAGGAAGAAAGGAAUUCUGUCCAGCAGCUGUGUGAAGAUAUGUAGUCCCAAGUUCACUGGCGAUUCAAUUUUCGUGGUUAGCCAAACACAACAACAAUAAAUGUCAUGAAGGAAGAAAGUGAGGUGAAGCAGGUUGACGAGAGGAGGAAGAGGUUACAGAGUAGGGAUGUAAAUGUAAAAUAUGGCCAGUUGCCAGUUGCCACUUACACCAGCGAGAAGUGAAACAGUAAAUAAGAUAGUGGGGGCUGGAUGAUCAUUUUUUUUUUUGCAGCAUUCUUACUUGUUCCUCUGAGUAUAACAGUACAGAUAAAGACGACGGGGGAGCAGAAAAAGAAAAAGGAAGCAGAGGAAACGAAAUAGUGGAAACAAGGCUUUCCCUUUUUGCGGCUUUUUGUUGUGUGGGAAUGUCAGGUUGAGGGGAGUACGGAUUGUUUUUGUCUGGUGAAUUAAGCUGUAAUGCAAUGCAUGGACUCCAGUCUCCAACGGUUUUGUCCAUGCCUAUGCCAUCAACUGGGAGAUUUUCAUCAUGAUGAGAAAGAAGUGUCCUGCUGGUUUUGGACCAAACCAAACUGAAAACAUAAAAGGAAUAAGAAUCUGGUUUGGUGUUGACUUUUGAUUCCAUCAUUUCCUUUAUUAUAACAAAUGAACAAGGC